AUGCAUUCCUCAAGUCUCGUUGCCGCCGCGACACUCCUCGGUCUUGCCCUCGCAGCACCCAAAGCCGGCCUCCCCAAGAGAGCCUCCAAGCUACAAUGGGUCGGCGUCAACGAAGCCUGUGCCGAAUUCACACCAGACAAAAGACCAGGAACUUACAAUGGCUUCAACAUCAUUCGGGUUCCUACCUUGAUGGAGAGAAUGACCCCGAGCGGCCUGUCUGGAGCCCUUGACUCUGCGUACUUGGGCCAUCUCACGGAUACGGUGAACACAAUUACCAGUGCUGGGGCUUAUGCGAUCAUUGAUGCUCACAACUAUGGGCGGUUCAAUGAUGCUAUCAUCACUUCGACUAGUGAUUUUCAGUCCUGGUGGAGUAAGGUGGCCGGCCAGUUCAAGGGGAACAGUAAAAUCAUCUUCGAUACUAACAACGAGUACCACGACAUGGACGGAUCUCUCGUAGCUUCUUUAAACCAAGCCGCCAUCAACGGCAUCCGCGGCGCUGGAGCCACUUCGCAGUACAUUUUCGUCGAGGGCAACCAAUACACCGGAGCAUGGACUUGGACCAACGGCACCGGCACCGACUGCAAGACCAACGCCGAAACCAUGGGCAGCCUCAUGGAUCCCUCCAACAAGAUCAUCUACGAAAUGCACCAGUACCUCGACCAGUACGCUUCAGGCCGUGAGCCUCCCAGCUGUGUCAGCAGCACGAUUGGAAGCGAACGUCUUGUCUCUGCGACCAACUGGCUUCGCACCAACGGGAAGAAGGGAAUCAUUGGCGAGUUCGCUGGAGGUCUUGACAAUACCUGCGAAGCCGCUGUCUCGGAUAUGCUGUCGUAUAUGCAGUCGAACACUGAUGUUUGGAUGGGUGCUAUUUGGUGGGCUGCUGGUCCUUGGUGGGGUGACAGAUGGUACAGUGUUGAGCCAUCGAAUGGGCCAUCUUCUAGCCACUAUGUGCCUGUUCUCAAGGCUGCUCUGGGCGGCACUGUCGAGCCUCCUCCACCAGUAACGUCCACCACUACUACAACACCUCCGCCCAUAACGACGACUACCACGUCGGAUCCAAGCGCCAGCCCUACUCAGACUCAAUAUGGCCAGUGUGCUGGGAUUGGAUGGGCUGGGCCUACGCAGUGUCCGGCUGGGGAGUCGUGCCAGUAUCAGAAUGAUUAUUACUCGCAGUGCUUGUAG